AUGUUUCCUGGCAACGGUCACCAAAGCUAUAACCAGGGUUCGUACCCUAACCAAUACGGGAACCAAUACGGGAACCAAUACGGAAACCAGUACGAAAACAACCAAUACGGCAACAACCAGUAUGGAAAUCAACAGUAUGGAAACCAAUAUGGAAAUCAGCCUUACGGAAACACACAAUAUGAAAACCGGGGUCAGUAUGAAAACCAGGACUUCCGUCCCCCACCUGGCCCACCAUCGCUAAACUCGCCACAAUUUCAGCAACAACAAUUCCGCUAUCAACAACAACAGCAGCAACAGCAGCAACAACAUUAUGAGCGGCCUUCAGCGCCACCACCAAAUCUGUCGUACGACUCAUCUGGCCAUUACAAUGAGCAAGCUCCCUCCGGACCACCACCCACGGCACCACAGUCUUUUGGUGGUAACUCCAACAUGUCCUUCCAGUACUCUAACUGCUCGGGGCGUAAGAAGGCAUUGUUGAUUGGUAUCAAUUACUUUGGAUCAAAGAACGAGUUGCGUGGCUGUAUCAAUGAUGUCAAGAACAUGAGUCGUUUCUUGCAUGACUUUUAUGGAUACCUGUACGAUGAUAUGGUGAUCUUGACUGACGACCAGCGUGAAAUGGCUCGUGUUCCAACCAGGGACAAUAUUAUACGUGCCAUGCAAUGGCUUGUGUCGGGCGCACAACCUAAUGACUCUUACUUUUUCCAUAUUCUGAGCCAUGGAGGUUUGGUACCGGACCAGAACGGUGACGAAGAAUCGGGCUUUGAUCUGUGUGUCUACCCAGUUGACUUUGAGAGAAGUGGACCAAUUAUUGACGAUGAAAUGCACGACAUAAUGGUCAAGCCUUUGCCUCCAGGAUGUCGUUUGAUGGCUUUGUUUGACUGUUGCCAUCUGGGUACCGCAUUGGAUUUGCCUUUUGUCUACUCCACCAAAGGUGUGGUGAAGGAACCCAAUUUGUGGAAAGAUGCUGGUGCUGGUGCGCUCAAGGCGUUCAUGAAUUACGAAACAGGAAACAUCUCAGGCGCUCUUUCGUCCUUGACAGGUGUGGUUAAGAAGGUCUCCAAGUUUGGUAAUGGUGCUAGCAGAGACGACGUUAUCCGCUCGAAAAUGUCUCCAGCAGAUGUCAUUUCGCUUCUGGGAUGCAAAGACGAUCAAACUUCUGCAGACGCUCAGGAAGCGGGUGCAAACACUGGUGCUAUGAGUUGGGCCUUCAUUUCCGUGCUUUCGCAAAACAGAAACCAACUGUACUUGUCGCUCUUAAAUGGUAUGCGUAACUUACUUGCGGCAAAGUACUCCCAGAAACCGCAAUUAAGUGCCUCCCACCCUCAGGAUAUGAAUUUACAGUUCUUCAUGUAA